GUCCUGCAUACCUCCUACCACGUAUUUUUACUACAUGCUACUUCCUUAUAUUCUUUAUUUAAUGCACUCGACAAUGCUUGAUAUCGUCUCACCUAUCUAAUCGAUCUGUGCCUCGUCAUAAAAAUAGAGAAGUUGGAAAUAUCGGUAUUUCCACAUGUCGCGUCGCAUCUCGGUCAGAUAACAGACAUUCUAACGUAUGACAGCCGAUUACCACUCUGGUGAUCGGUAUAUAUUGUUCGAGUGUUGUUCGAGAGUAUUGCUUGAACGUGACUGCUUUGGUAGUUAUAUCUCCGGAGGGUUCUCGGUUAACCGACAGGUAUUCGUGAGAAAGGAAGAGAAAGAAGAAAGUCGAGCGAAAAACUCAAAGUACAACGCGAAUGCAUGCUGUAUAUGCGUGAAGUAAACUCGCAUUUACAUUGUACGAACGCGUACUUCCACGCUGUGCAGUCGCAAGCCGAAAAUGCAGUGUCGCUCCAUUAUGACGUUACGAUGUGCUUUUCGCCCACAUGUACGCUCCCGAGAGCGCCUAUGAGAUCCAAUCAGUGUCACGAUUAUGUACAAUGUCGACGCUGCAAUUAAGCAUGCAGGACAGAAAGGACCUGGACAAGUUCACGAAAUACCUGGCGCUAAGGGCUGCCCAAAUCAUAGUGCAGUCGAGGUCAGGUCAGAAAGUCAACACUACGUGCAAGCCGGACUCCUCGGCUGGUGAUUGGUUUAAUUUGGCGAUAAAAGAACUACCAGAGGUUUUGGCUGAUGCUAAGAGGGCACUUUGUGGAGAAAUAGUAAGUUCCACUGUACCACUCUGUAUAGAAAUCUCUUUAAAAACAGUGGAAGGUGAUACAAUGGUUUUGGAAACAUGGAGCCUCGGUGUUUUGCCAGAGCAGAGUGACCCAACUGUAAGAGUUACAUAUACUGUAUACAAUAGAAUGGGGAUUCUAUUGAAAUCCUUGCUUUCUGUCUCAAGAGUCACACCUGCUUAUAAACUAAGCAGGCGGCAAGGUCCAGAUUCUUACACUAUGUGUUAUAAAAUCUACAUGGGAGAACCUCAAUUACAUGUCUUAGGUGAUAACUAUAAACAUGUAAGAGUGGGUCAAUUGUGUACCCCGGUAGGUACCAUACACUUAUCAGUCUCUUAUAGAACGAAAAUGACCAUAUCACCCACUCACACGGGACGAGAUUCUAUCAUGCUCAAGAGCGAUCAUUUUCACUCAGAUUUAAGUCCGCGUCACGUGCGGUAUCAGCAAAAUGAAGAGACAUCUAAAUCUCUCAGUGAUACCAUCAAAGUUGGCGCAUUUGUAGUAAACAAACCCGUUAUUGUUAACGAGGAGGAUCUUGUGAUACCGGACGUGCCGUUCAGUUCCCUGUUGACGCCUCGACAAACGUCGCCUCCUCCAGUGUCACUAGUAGAUGUUACAAAGACUGCAACGGCAGCUGCCGCGACCGACAGCAACAACGGAAAUAAUGAAAGACUCAUUAACGAUAAUACAACUUCGAAGUGCGCCUCUCAAAAUGGAUCUAGAAGAAGUAGUUGCUCAAUGACUAGUGCCAACGAUGAUUUUAUUAUGGUAGAUUUGAAAACUCCGUUCGCCGUCACAAAUACUAAUAGCGACUUAGGAGCAUUCUAUCGAGAAUGUCAAAGUGCCCCGCAAUUGCAAGCCUUCAUGGAAGAAAGAACGCUGGCGGAACAAGUGGGAGAUCUCACUAAACAAUUGGAAACAUUCGAGACGAAUAUGCAACAUUACGAAGACGUUCUGUCAUCGUUGUGUCAAACCGAGAAUAAUAAUUAAGGCUGAGCUGUGCACUUUCGAAGUCUUAAUUUGAGCGAGAACGCGAUUGUGUUCAGCUACACAUAUGGUGAAUAAGAAACGUAUUUGCACAUGAAAUAAGAAAAAUGUUGCUACAAUAUCCUCUUGUCCAGUAUAUUGAUAUAAAAGAAGACAUUGCAUUCUGAUAGAAAUCUUGCAGCAAUAUAUUUCUUUUUAUUGUGUAUUAUUUAAGAAAUAGUAUGAGAAAAUGCAAAUACAUUUUUUUACCUACUAUAUGCAUCAUAUCCAUUAUGUCAAAUGUUAAAAUUUUUUUAAUCGUAUUUAUCAUUCAUGCAUAAGAUGAUCAAAAUUUCGUUUAACGUCAGGUUUGUCCUUUGUUAAAUUUUAAUUGGUUAGCUGAAUGUUUCUUCUCAUAAAAGGAAGAAACAACGAUAGAUGAACAAAUUGAAAGGACCCAUAAAUGUUGAGCUCAAUGAUCAUCAUUGUUGUAUACAUAAGUAUAUAUUUGGAUGGGACAAUAUAACAUGAAUAAGUAGAAGUUAUAUUGGCAUAAACGGUUUCUAAAUGAAAGAAAGAAUCUCUUUAUUUAACGAAUUUGAACAAGCCUGGAAUAUAUUUCUUCAUUUUUCGUGAUUCAUAGUUCUGAAAAUCUAUAAAUAUGUUAAAAAAUCAUAAUACGUUCCGAAAUUUCAAGUUUAAUAUAUGCUAUGAAUUUCUCUUUUAGUAAAUACCGGAAAACUACUCGAAUGUAUGUGUUCGCUGAUAUAGAAAAGAUGUUUAUAUAAGAGAGAACAAUUUCAGAAUCUAACGAACAUAUAGUACUUUCUGAACCAAACGUAAACCGUUUGUUAAACUUUAAAUUUAUUUACUCUUUGAUAUGUGCUGCUAAAUGAAAACUUUUUAAUCAAUAGGGAUUGAGAAACUAAUCGUUUUGAAUAUGGAAACAAUUUUCGGUUUUGGUGAUACUUGCAUCUCUGCGUGGAAUCGUACAAUUUUUUUUACGUAAAUCGAUUCUUCUAGUCAUGUUACAUAUAAAAGUAUUAAAAUAAGAUCAUUAAAAAGAAUAUGAAUAUAUAUGAUGUACCGUUCUCACAUAUAUUUUAUUUUAUUAUAAAAUAUACUGUAUAUUCUAAAUAUACAGAAUAUCUGUAUCAUUCUAAUCUUCUACUGAUAAGAUAUCGAGAUUUAGUUCUAUAGUUGUGAGGAAGACACAUUUUAAUAAAAAAAAUAUUUACUUUAGAUUGCUCCGUUAAAAAUACUUCAAGAUCACUCUUAAAAUUUUUUAAAUAGAAUAUAAUUUUUUAUAAUGUAAAUCGAUUCCUUAAAUUAUUCUGUGUAUAAAAGUACUAAAAUAAGAUCACACACCGAAAAGUAAAUACUUUCUGAGACAUUUUAUAUUUUAUCCUGGUACUUUUCAGCAUAAGAUAUGAAAUAUUUCGUAAAAUAUUUACUUCUCUGUGAGCUCACCCCAAUAGUUUUAUACGUAGAAUAUAGAUGGGAUCAAUGUCAUCAUUGUAGAAAUUAGAAAAAUAUAGAUAUAAAUAAAAUAAGGAAAACAUACACAUUUAGA